AAGCUUUCAGGGGAACCAGGGGAUGUAACAGUGUAACUCGCAUUUUUUAAGGCGGCUGUUCAGUCAGUAGUUUUCAAGAAAAUUUUAGGCCGACGUUCAGAUCGCUGUGGAAUAUUUUCUGUGGUAUUUUGAGGAGUAAAUUUAGUGACGAAAGCACACAUAACCAAGGCGUGAUCUUUAAAGUCUAGACUGAUUCGAUUUUCACCGCAUUUAGAUCAAUAAUCAUAUUCCGACUGUGAACGCUGAUUUCUCUUUGCGGAAAAUCGAUAGGGUUUUCUAAAGGUUUGAAGCCACAUAUGAUGCUCACACUUUCCCUUUUCUGCAUCGCCUGAAAAGCUCCAACCUCGCCGGAGGAUAGUUUCCCGUUCCAGUCGUUUCGAGUUUCCGGUAAUUGAUGAGAGGUCACGGGAUCAAACGCAUUUUAUCCUCAAUACCAAACACGCAACUCGGUAGAGAUCCCAAAAUCAAUCUUCAGGGCUGGUCCAAGCGCUGGAUGAGCAUUAACCAACAUUUCAGCUGUUAUAUAAUUCCCAUUAAUUGAAUUGAAUUUUUUUCGGAAAUUGUCGUUUUGGUUUGCGCUCAGUUUUUCCGAGUGUAAGAUUUUUAUUAAUCGUUUUUGAUCUUCAUAAUGGAGUCUCAUCAGAACCAGAAUAACAACGACAGCUUGGCUCCUUUAGUUUCCUUGUCAGCUGUUGCGCCUUCUUUGGACUCAACCCCUGCUAAAUCACCCAAUAGUUGCAUGGUUCCUAUUGACACCAAUGAUAGAGUGAGCGAAGUCCGAUUUAACACCGGAUCUGUAUCUUCAGCGUCAUCUUCAAGUUCAGAUGACGAUGAUAAACCGAACAUACCUGAUGGAGGAUGGGGAUGGGUGGUGGUUUUCGCAUCAUUGAUCCUUUCCAUGGUAGCUGAUGGUAUAAGUUUCUCUUUUGGUCUUCUCUACGUAGAGUUUCUAAAGGAAUUCGAAGCUUCCAAAAGCUCCACGUCUUGGAUCGGCAGUCUUUUCAUGGCAGUGCCUUUACUUACUGGUCCCAUAAUGAGCGCUUUGGUAGAUAAAUAUGGCUGCAGAACCAUGACCAUAGUAGGCGGAAUCAUUUCAGCUAUUGGCUUUAUCAUCAGCUCCAAGUGCUACUCGAUCGGGUUGAUGUAUCUGACUUUUGGAACUCUAGCUGGUUUGGGCCUGGGUUUAAUCUAUGUGACGGCGGUCGUUUCAAUUGCAUUUUGGUUUGAUAAGAAUAGAACCUUAGCUGUGGGCAUUGGAGCUUCUGGUACCGGUGUUGGCACAUUUAUUUUCUCUCCGCUCACAGAUUUUUUACUUUAUGAGUAUGGAUGGAGAGGCACUACGUUGAUUUUGUCAGGAUGUUUCUUGAAUAUGUGCGUUUGUGGUGCUUUGAUGCGAGAUCCUGACUGGAUAAUAGAACAAAGCAGAAAAAAUUCGAAAACCAAGUUGAACAAAUCAGAAAAAUCUAGCAAAACCAGCUUGGUGUCAGUAUCGUCGGCCAAUCCAUCGACAGCUAUCGAUAUUGCCGAAUUAAAACACCUUCUAACAAGUGGAAGAAAUGCCCAGAUCCUUUUACAAGACUUGGAAACAUCAGUGGAUAACAGCGAAGAUAAAGAAAAGCUGAAAAAGUACUUUUCAUCAGCCUUAAAUCUUCCCACUUUCGUCAAGCAAAAUGAGAAGGUGCCUAUCGAAGUUCUAGAGUUACUCAGCAGGAAUAAGAAACUGUACAAUGUGAUAGUACAUAAUUACCCCAGUUUGCUUUUGAGUCGAAGUUCUUCCCUCGAUAAUACGCUUGAUAAUAUAAAAAAUGAGCCUACUGAUAGAGUACCAAUUACAUUUAAUAUGAAGCUGAAAAAGAAUGCGACUCCUAAAGUUAGCAUUGCGGAACCAAUGGAGAGAUCCCGAUCACCUCCAGUACAUCAGGCUUCGCUUCCUGAAAACAACGAUUUAGCUGUGAAUGAGCCACUGAUGGCAAACAAUCGGCCUAAAAUUCCAGCAAACGCUUCUUUUCCAAGAUUCAGGACACAGUGGGCCGGUGCUAGGCAUGAAAGCUAUUUCAAAAACUUAAAAGUUCACAGGCAAUCCCUCAUUCAUAGAGGGGCUAUUUUCAACAUGAACAAAUAUAGGUUCAAAGCGUCUAGUUGUCCUAAUAUUUACAGGGUAUCGAUGAUGUCACUGCCGAAACCACACGAAGAUAAAUGGUACACCGAAAUAGUUGAUUUGGUGAAGGGCAUGUUCGACUAUUCUUUAUUCUUAGAGCUGCAUUUUUUCUUGCUGUCACUGUCGACUAUAAUCCUUUUUGUUUGGUUUAUAGUGCCAUAUUUUUACCUGGCUGAACUCAUGCUUGCUCAUCAGUACACCACCAAACAAGCUUCGUUCACUUUAUCAAAUAUUGGUAUUGCUAAUACGAUCGGAAUGAUUUUCCUGGGAUGGGCGGGUGAUAGGCCCUGGAUGAACAUGACGAAAACCUACGCUGUGUGUUUAGCAUUGUGCGGAAUAUCCAUAGCGGGAAUGAUGUUCUUUAUAAAUAAUUAUUUAAUGCUGGAAAUAUGUGCAGCAUUAUUUGGCACAUUUUUAUCCAGCAGUUUUUCAUUCACACCUGGAAUAUUGGUGGAACUUGUGCCGUUGGAACGAUUUACUGUCGCUUAUGGACUUCAGCUUUUGUGCAUGGGAAUCGGAAUUCUCUCCGGUCCUCCUUAUGCAGGAGUACUUUUUGAUUUGACUGGAAGUUGGGAGCAGUCGUUUUAUCAAGCUGGAGCAUGGACAAUACUGUCCGGUCUAUUGGUCGGUCUAGUUCCCUACUGCAAGAACAAAAAAAUUAUUGGAAAGGGACCAGUGGAAAAAGUAGUCGAAGAGUCUGAGAAUCGAGUGAUACCUAUAGUAUUGAUACUUGUAUUAACGAUCUUAUUAACUGUGUUUGUUUUAUAUUUGACUGCCAUCAGUCUAAUACCGCGAGCAAGUAUUUUAUCUUAAAUUACAGAAGUUUUCUUUAAAGUUAAUUUAUAUAAUUAUUUGCAAAUGUAGUCGACUCAACAUUGCUUUUAAUUAGUUUCCAGAUUGCCUUUUGUCAGCAUGUUUUAAGAAUUAUUAGUAGAUUUCAGAAAUUUUUAAGUAUUAGAAAAAAGUUUUGCCAAAGUAGAUUUUUAAUUGAUUUACGUAUUCGUGUUUACAAAUAUUGCACAAAAGUGAUAUGGCUUACACAAUAAAGUAUUAUGAAAGUG